AUGGAUGAUGUGCGGUUUUUAGCAGUGGUCCUGCUAACUUUUGUUCAGAGUAUCUUUGCACUGUCCGGCUAUCUGAGUGAGUCAAGGUCCUUGGUUCUCUUAGACAUUCGGCAGAAUUCGAUUGACUUGGCCGGCAUCAUGGCCCUAACCAAAACUAUGACAAUCAACGAAAGUCUCACCAGUCUUCUCUCCGAUGCACGAAAUCCACUCGUACCAGUUGCUUCGAAGGAUGCGGACUUAAUGCAGACCUUCAUAGCGGAACUGGACAACUGCCUACGCCGCAACCGUCAUUCAGCACUGCAGCAGAAGUCGAAGCUUCCCUCCGAUGAGGAAGUUCAGCCUCCAUCGACCAACUCUGAUUCUCUUGUUCAUAUAAACGAGGCGCCUGCACUCAGUGAUCCCACAGACGGUACUAAUCACUUGUCCGGAACCGAAGACCAUAAUUCGUCUGAAGCUGAAAAAAGUGGACUUGUAGAGGAUAUUCCGAUCAGCACAGAUCCUCCGCAGUACCAAAGUCAGUCUCCAGUCGCCCCGAGCUUGUCUCUGCAACCGCCUGAUCAGCUUGUCAAACGGAGAGAAGGAGAAGAAGAAGGCGAAAUAGAAUCUGAGCAGACGAAUCCUCCUCCGGCGCCGUACACCAAGGCGAAGGUUCGGCGGAUAUCAGAGGUCUUCACUGAGGAUGAGGAUGAAGAUAACUCUCCUCCUCAGUUACUUGGUGAAGAGGAGGCACCUGCUAUUUCGCAGGCAUGCGACCAGGAAAUACCUUCAGUACAGACUGACGUGAGACCGGAUGCAACUGCUCCGACUGAUUUGGCACCCGUGCCGGGGUCACUAGUUGUUGAUGAAAUCAGAGACUUGGAAACGCCUCCGGCGGUGUCUUCCGAAGGAAACGAAUCACCAGCUGUACUUCAAGAGACAGCUACGGCUGAUGCACCGGAUUCCCCCCGAUCUCCUCAACGCGCCCCUCCUUUCUUCCCUUCACUGACACCAAAGUUAAUCACUCUUCCAGACACAGGUUCUGAUACCACCACAGCGGAGGUUUUGACUGGCGAAGCUUCGAAUGUUCCUAACGCCUCAUUCACUUCUUGUAAAAAACCUGCUGAUUCACAAGAUCACCCAAGUUCCGAAGUGUAUCCCGACGUACUUACCGGAACAAAUAAACUCUCAGAUGCCUUCAAACCUGUUGACAACCGACAGACCAGUGCGGGUGACUCUGAACCAGUCCAUCCUGUCUGUGUAGAUACCGAAUCUUCUGCAGGUUUGCCGGAUGGCCAUGUGGGGUCGGAUAGUGCACUGUGCGGUACUUACAACGUGAUAGAACCUGUUUACUCUGCCGACCAGCUGGCAGCGUCAGUGCCCGUUUUGGAUGUAGAAAAUGUUUCUCUUACCACGAUAGAUCCAAGCGGACUUGACAGUCCGACUCCGUCUGCCGAGCAACUGGCAGCUUCAGUGCCCGUUUUGGACGUAGAAAAUUGUUCUCUUCCCACGAUAGACUCAAGCGGAGCUGACGAUUUGGCCAAUCCGUUUGCCCACCAGCUGGCAGCUUCAGUGCCCAUUUUGGACGUAGAAAAUUGUUCUCUUUCAACGAUAGACCCAAGCGGAGUUGACAGUCCGAACAAGUCGUCUGCCGACCACCUGGCAGCUUCAGUGCCCGUUUUGGACGUAGAAAAUUGUUCUGUUCCCACGAUAGACUCAAGCGGAGCUGACGAUUUGUCCAAUCCGUUUGCCCACCAGCUGGCAGCUUCUGUGCCCGUUUUGGACGUAGAAAAGUGUUCUCUUCCCACGAUAGACCCAAGCGGAGCUGGCAGUCUGACCAAUCCGUCUGUCCACCAGCUGGCAGCUUCAGUGCCCGUUUUGGUUGUAGAAAAUUGUUCUCUUCCCACUAUAAACCCAUGCGGACUUGAACGUCCGACUUCGUCUGCCGAACAACUGGCAGCGUCAGUGCCCGUUUUGGAUGUAGAAAAUACUCGUCCUCUACCCACUGUAGACCCAGGUAGAGUUGAGAGUCCGACUAAUCCCAUUACUAAAGACGCAAAUAUCCAACAGCAGGCAGAUGGCAGUGAGACCGCACCAUUAGUUUCAGUCGCAUUAGACUCACCAGGCUCUGAGCCCAGUCCAAGCAACCGGGCCUCUGACGGUUGGGAUCACAUGGCUGCGGCGACAACUGUCGACGGGGCGUUCCACUACGGUGGCCUUCGUGACAAUCCCAUGCACUCACUUUCUCCUGAUAGUUUUGUACAAAAUCCGACACAAGAAGUAGACUUAGCGUUAAACCUAGAAACCCCUCCUGGAGACUUUCAAGCCUCAACCUCACUUGUAGAAAGUCAUGAGGAGGAUGUGUUCGAUAAACUGGAACAACUAUCGACUGAGAUCGACGCGCCAACUCGAACGCAAGUGACAGGUGAAUCCGAUGAAAAAACGCAUGAGGUGGGAAACCCCGACCCCUCAGACGUAUCUGAAUUUGGAGGACUGGCGGCAGGAGACAACGAGAAGCGAGAACUGAAACUAGAUCAACGGAUCAGCUGCUCUCUGGUCGAGGCUCUCGCGGCUUCGUCCCGCACGGAGGCUGUGGUGAAUCUUGACGAAGAUCAACUUGGUGAUCAGUCGGUCCGAAAUGAGGCUCAAACCAGUCUUACUCCCCCGGAUGAACAGUAUGCGCCUCUAGGGCUUGUCACCAAGCCGGAGCCGGAUAUUCAAGAAGCUUCAAAGCUUCCAUGGACCCCGAUCUCGCCUGACACAGAAUACCAGGAAGAAGAUGAGCAGAGUAUAGAAGAGAAAGUCCGGGAGUCAUUGGUGAGUGCAGUUGGCUCGUCACACUGUCCAGAUGUCAAUACCCAGUCCGCUCGGAUUGAUGAACCCUCACUGACGUCGGCCCUGACCUCGGAGACAACUGUCUCAGACCUCUCAGUUGAGGAUCUCCUUAAUAGGACGGCUGCCGACUCUGAUCCCAUCGAAGAAGCCUCCCUUCGUCCUUUGCACGCUGCUGGAAGUGUUAUUACCGAUAGUUUGCCUGAUCGGCCCACACAGACACCAAAUGAUGCCUAUGGCAGCCUUCCCCGUCUCAGCAAUACAAUCGAACAUAAAGGUUACCCAGUGGAACACUGUCCCCCAACAACUCUUGCCUCUGACACUGCUAUAGAAAUGAGUGCCGAACCAAGCCAUUUAGCCAACCAAAAUGGCAGCAACAAUGUCCUCGGUGGAUUGACCGAGGAGUUUUUAAACCUAGACCCCUGCCCCCCCCAAUCCGGAGAGGCAGUUGGAGAACCUUUGAUGAAAACACACGAAAUUUCGCAACUGAAGAAGAGUCAGGAGGACCUAGGGAUUGCGGCAACUGACUAUUUGCUGGCCGAGGAGGAACGUAGUCAGCAGUUGCCUUGCACUCCCGACGCUUCUACUCUCACUACUGGCUCUGUGGAGGUGGAUCAUCCACCCUUGUCGGGUGGAGAACCUUUGAUGAACACACGUGAAAUUUCUCAAUUGAAGAAGAGUCAGGAGGACCUAGGGGUUGCGGCACCCGACCAUUUGCUAGCGGAAGAGCGUAAUCAGCAGUUGUCUUGCACUCCCGAUGCUUCUACACAUACUACUGUCUCUUCGGAGGUGGAUCAUCCACCCGACAAGGGUAGAGAACCUUUGAUGAACACACACGAAAUUUCUCAAUUGAAGAAGAGUCAGGAGGACCUAGGGAUUGCGGCACCCGACUAUUUGCUGGCCGAAGAGGAAGUUAGUCGGCAGUUUCCUUGCCCUCCCCACGCUUCUACUCUGCCUACCGUCUCUUCGGAGGUGGGCCAUCCACCCGACAAGGGUGAAAACUCUGCUCCAGAAACGACGCAGUCGCCCUUCGCUGAGACUGCGUUUGCACCCUCAGAGCCUUCUGCUGAGGUCUGCAUGAUAAGUCAACCCGACUCCUCUCAACAGCCUACAGAACUGGUAGAAGUACUUCGAUCUGCGGACAACAGAGAUCCCGACCUCGGAACUUCAAUACCACCACAAUUUAGCCCAAAACAUAAUGGAACCUCAGUUUCCAAUGUCGAGGAACUUUCAUUUUUCCCACCCUCCCUUCAUGGCGACGCCAAGCCGUCAAAUGAGAUUGCAAGUCCAACUCCAGUUGUCAACCCGCAUCCGCAGGAUUCUUGGGACGACGAGGGCUGGAGUGACUUCGAAAGUGAAGAACCUCAGCCGAGUGCUAAAUUCGAAAAAGAUGCAACUCAGACGUCAAUUGAGCCCUCGAACACCCCUGGGUUACAGUCAUCCACUGCCUCUGUCCGGUCUGCCUAUCCGGUGUCCGCCCUUCCUGACGAAGAUCCUGACGCAACUACCGGCAAAUCCCACGUCGACUGA